AUGAUUACUUCACUUGUCUUUCUUUAUGGGAUUGUCCUUGUCCCAGUGACUCGAGGCCAAAGCUUGGAGUUCCAUUUGAUCGACUUAAACCUGACAUGGAGCGAGGCUCAGCAGUACUGCAGAGAGAACUACACCGACUUGGUCACCGUGGAGACAGAGCAGGACCUACAGCGUAUGGUUGUUCCUGAUGGGAAAAGGGUCUGGAUUGGCCUCUUCGAUGAUCCAGUGUCAUGGAAAGGUCUCAUAACCACCAACUCCAACUCCUGGAGAUGGUCCGCAACCGGGGACAAGGGCAGCAGUGGAUACACUAAGUGGAGAGUGAGUCAGCCCGAUUUUUACAACGCCCAGGACAUGUGUGUUUUGACACGGCCAGAUGGGUGGGUGGAUGUACCCUGCAAGGAGCUGUUAAAUGCAGUUUGUCACACAGUAAAUUCAACGGGCAAAGAGUUUCAUUAUAUCAACAAAAUGAUGAACUGGAUGGAGGCACGAAACUUCUGCAUAAUUAACUACCAUGACCUGGCUAUGAUUGAGAAUGAGGCAGAAAUUGAAAAAAUGGUUCAGUGGAACAAUUCCGCUUGGAUCGGCUUGCAUCGAGUGCCCUGGAGAUGGUCAGACGGCGGCAAAGGCAACUUCAGAAACUGGAUAAGCAACGAACCAAACAACCAUGGGGAAGAGCACUGUGUAUCCAUGGGCUCAGACCUGAAGUGGGCCGAUGACCGCUGUGACCUCCAGAGGCCCUUCAUCUGCUAUAAAGUCAAAGAUCAGUUUGUUUGGUAUGACGCCAUGGAAAAAAUCCUGGGCAUGAAGCCUGAACCAGUGGACCUUCUGGACACGGAGGAUUUCUACGAGGACCCGAUGGAGUCUUCUCGGUACCAAGAACACAUCCAGGUGGAGGUUCUCCCGGAGCAAAUCCUGCCCGAGCAGAUCCUUCCCGAACAACCAGUCUCGCCACUUGACCACGAGAUCCGCCAGCUGCUGCGGAUCCGUGCACACGACCAGUUCCGCGGGCAGCUGACGGGGACGGUGAAGGACGCAGUGGUGUUCAGCACGAUAGCGCGUCUUUUGGCGAAGCAGGGAGUGCAAAGAUCCCGCGACCAAGUAGUGAGUAAACUGAAGAACCUCAAGAAGCAGUACCGACGCUACAAGGCGCAGACGGACGGGAACUCGUCCUGGGUUUGGCCAUUCUACGAAGAGGCGGAGCGAGCGUUUGGUCCUAUACCAGCCGGGUCUCCGGGUGUGGAGGCGGCCCCCCUGCAAGCUUCCGCUCCGGUGAGGAGCCAGAGGCCUGAGUUUGAUCCUGUUGAAGCAGAGAAGGUGGUGGUGGGUGAUUGGGGCGAACAGAACCAAGGACCCACUCCCAACGUGGCAAUCAAGCGAGAGCAUGAGCCUCUGGAUGACGAGGAGGAGUUUGAGUAUGAGUGUCCACCGCAGACAGUCCAGUCUGUGCAGCCGAACUGUCCCAUCCCGACAAAGAAGAGGAAAACGUCGAUAGUGACGCAGGUCAACAACAUGAUCAACGCCACCAUGGGCACACUCAGGGACAUGGACCGCGACAUGCAGGCCCAGGAGGACGCACGGCUUAAGAGGCUCAUGGACCAUGAGAAGGACAUGCAGAGGAGCCUCAUCCAGGACAUGUUGUCACUCCACCGCACCAUCAGUGCAGAGAACCACAAGCGACACCUGGAGCUGGUGGACCGCAUAAUGACUAAAGUCCCACUCUCCUCCUCGCAGCCUGCCCUCUGA